UACAUUGUGAAACUCUUCAUUGUAGGUUUAUUUUUAUACCUUGCAAUGAUUUCAAGCGAGGAGUUUAUUCUCAAGAGACAUUGAGGUUUGAAGGCUGAACAUUGACUGCCUUUGCUCUGCAUUGUAAUAAGCUAGUUAUAAUAAAAUGGAAUAGGAACAAAGAUGGAAUAUAUUUAUCGAUGUAUUAUAAAAGGACUUAAUCAAUCUGUGAGAGGACUCGUGUAGGAUGUAUAACUACGGAGAUAUUCCACUAGGUCCUAUAACCUCAGGCUGGGAACAGUCUAGGGAACUGCCUUGAAAAGGAAAAUAUAUGGGUUCUUCUGGUCACAGAUUGUUUCUUGCAAUAUAGCCGUUACAGCACUACAAUGAGGAAGCGUUGAUAAUGGAGAAAUAAAUAUUAAAUGAGAAAAAUGGAAAAGGAUGAAAAGGAAUUGAAAGCGAUUAUGCUAGAACCUAAUGGAUUUGAUGAGCCGGAUAUUCCGGACUACCAGCCGAUGCCCAGUCAUGUGGGCUCUGAAACGACCGAGGAAGCCCAACCCCAGAACGAGCGCGUCAUCAACAUUAACUCCGCGCAGAGGGAUAAGUUCUGCAACAACAAAAUAAGCACUGCCAAGUACAGUUUCAUCUCGUUCCUACCCAAGUUUCUGUUUGAGCAGUUCCGUAGAUACGCAAACAUCUUCUUUCUCUUCAUCGCCUUGCUUCAGCAAAUUCCCCGUGUCUCCCCGACAGGACGUUACACGACGGCCGUUCCCCUGCUCUUCAUUCUCCUAGUCUCAGCUAUCAAAGAAAUCAUCGAGGAUUUUAAGAGACAUAGAGCUGAUGACACAGUCAAUAACAAUAAAGUCUGUGUGUUACGUAAUAGCUACUGGCAGCUGUUGAAGUGGAAGGAUGUGGUUGUCGGGGACAUUGUCAAGGUUGUCAGUGGACAGUUCUUUCCUGCAGAUCUCAUCUUACUAUCUUCCAGUGAGCCUCAGGCCAUGUGCUAUAUAGAAACAUCAAACCUAGAUGGGGAAACCAAUCUCAAAAUACGACAGGGCCUACCACAGACAGCCAAACUACUAAAGAAGGAAGAUUUGUCUGACCUGAUUGGCUUGAUAGAAUGUGAGCCACCAAAUAGACAUCUACUGGAUUUUGUUGGCAAUAUCCGACCUUCAUCCAGACAGACCAUUCCACUGGGGCCGGACCAGCUGUUGUUGAGAGGUGCUAUGUUGAGAAAUACAAACUGGGUCUUUGGUAUUGUUGUGUACACUGGCCAUGAGAGCAAGCUGAUGUUGAACUCCACCUCGGCACCUCUGAAACGAUCCACAGUUGAAAAAGUCACCAACCUUCAGAUAUUGUUCCUGUUUGGAAUCCUUCUUCUUCUAUCCCUCAUCUGUACUGUUGCCAAUCAGAUUUGGACAUCAGACCAUGAAAAGACACACUGGUACCUUGGUUACGAAGAUUUACCAGCAAGCAACUUUGGCUAUGACUUCCUCACGUUCAUCAUCCUGUUCAACAAUCUGAUCCCCAUCAGUCUCCAAGUCACACUGGAGAUGGUCAAGUUCAUCCAGGCCAUCUUCAUCAACUGGGACAUGGACAUGUAUUGUGAGGAGACGGACACCCCUGCCAUGGCCCGUACAUCCAACCUGAACGAGGAACUAGGACAGAUAAAGUACAUCUUUUCCGACAAGACCGGAACACUGACCAGAAACAUGAUGAGCUUCAGGAAAUGUUCUGUUGCAGGGAUAAUGUAUGGGAAUAAUGAGGAGAGUGAGGGGCAGUUUAAUGAUGACAGUCUCAUUAUGAAUCUCAAACAACAGCAUACCACAGCCACGGAGAUUAGAGAGUUUCUCACGUUACUGGCAGUAUGUCACACUGUUGUCCCGGAGAGAAAUCCAGACAACACCAUCAACUACCAGGCCUCAUCACCAGACGAGGGAGCUUUGGUGAAGGGGGCGAAACAGUUGGGGUUUGUGUUCUCUACUCGUACACCGGAUGCUGUCACCGUUGAUGUGUUUGGAAAAGAAGAAAGAUAUGAAGUACUGAAUGUAUUGGAAUUUACAAGUGAUCGUAAACGUAUGUCGGUGGUCGUGAGGAUGCCAGAUGGAAAAAUCAAACUGUACUGUAAAGGAGCUGACAAUGUGAUAUAUGAGAGACUAGAAGGGAGUCAGCGCCACAGCGAGAUUACGAUCAAACAUCUAGAACAGUUUGCCACCCUUGGUCUCCGCACACUGUGUCUCGCAACUGCCGAUGUGAAUGAAGACUUUUAUGAUGAGUGGAAACACACCUACUACAAGGCGAGCACCUCGUUACAGAACAGGGACAAGAAGUUGGAUGAAGCCGCUGAGCUUAUAGAAAGGAACCUUAAUCUAAUUGGUGCUACAGCUAUAGAAGAUAAACUACAAGAGGGAGUUCCUGAGACGAUAGCAAGUCUAGCCAAGGCUGACAUAAAGAUCUGGGUCCUGACAGGGGAUAAACAGGAAACGGCCGUCAACAUUGGUUAUUCUUGUAAACUGCUCAAAGAAGGGAUGCCGUUACUGAUCAUCAAUGAACACAGUCUAGAUGGUACACGCGAUGUAUUGCGAAAACAUGUGGAUGAGUUUGGCGACCUUAUUAAGAAAGAGAAUGAGGUCGCACUCAUCAUAGAUGGAAAGACACUGAAGUAUGCCCUGACAUGUGAUUGCCGGCAAGACUUCCUUGACAUCGCUGUAUCUUGUAAGGCUGUCAUUUGCUGCAGGGUAUCCCCCCUUCAAAAGGCCGAACUGGUAGAUCUUGUUAAAAAGUACUGUAAGGCUGUCACACUUGCCAUUGGUGAUGGGGCUAAUGACGUGGGCAUGAUCCAGGCGGCAGACGUGGGUGUGGGCAUCAGUGGGGUGGAGGGACUGCAAGCAGCAUGUGCCUCCGACUACGCUAUUGCUCAGUUCCGGUUCCUCAAUAAGCUGUUACUGGUGCACGGGGCCUGGAGUUACUCCCGCCUGUGUAAACUCAUACUCUACUCAUUCUACAAGAACAUCUGUCUGUAUGUUAUAGAGUUUUGGUUUGCAUUACAAAACGGAUUCUCUGGACAAAUCCUCUUUGAACGAUGGACAAUCGGAUUCUAUAAUGUGAUUUUCACUGCCGCGCCACCGCUAGCCAUGGGUCUGUUUGAUCGAUACUGUAAUGCUGAAAACAGACUAAGAUUUCCAGAGUUGUAUAAAUAUUCACAAAAUGCUCAACAAUUCAAUGUUAAAGUAUUUUGGAUGUGGAUAGCCAACGCCAUUUAUCAUUCCAUUCUCCUCUUCUGGAUGCCUAUCCUAGCUCUACAACAAGAUGUAGCCUUCUCUGACGGCAAAGUUGGAAAUUACCUAUUUGUAGGAAACUUUGUCUAUACAUAUGUAGUUGUGACAGUGUGUCUCAAAGCUGGACUAGAGACGAGUGCCUGGACCUGGCUCACCCACCUGGCAAUAUGGGGCAGUAUAGCCUCCUGGUUCCUGUUCCUGAUUGUAUACAGCCAUGUAUACCCACACAUCAACUUAGCUCCGGAGAUGCUUGGAAUGGACAGUAUGGUUCUGGGGUGCUCCAUAUUCUGGAUGGGCCUACUGCUCAUUCCCUUCACCUGCCUCAUCAGAGACAUCGCUUGGAAAGUGUUGCGGCGUACGAUGUUCAAGACGUUACGUGAGAAAGUACAGGAGGCAGAGAUUGCCCACGUCGACCCGACGACAAUCGUCCUUCAAACCACCAAGAAAAGGCUAACGGAAACAGCCCGUCUUCUCCGGAAUGUAUUCUCCCGAUCCAUGAACCGAGUUCCCACCCAGGACCAACCUCAACCAUCACCAACACCCUCCAGAGUCUCUCAUGGUUUUGCCUUUUCCCAGGAGGAGCAUGGCUCAAUUGCACAGGCGGAGCUUAUUCGUGUAUAUGACACAACCAAAGAGAAACCCCAGGGCCACUAGGAGAAGGGACCAUGGCUGGUAGAGUUUUAGAGCCCUCAGUUGAUAGGGAUUUUAGAAACUCAUUGACUGACAGAUGAAUGUGAAGUCUUCUGGGACCAUGCUUGACUGAAAUUAACUAUCCCACAGAUAUAUGACGAGAAUUGAUAAACCCACUUAUAUAGCAACAUUGAAUUUCCCACCGAUGCUACAGAUAUUGAAAAAAUGAAACCUUUAGAAAAUAUUGGAAUUUAUUGAAUCAAGUUUUCAAGAUCAGCUUGAUUGGCUCAAUUUGUUUGUUAUGAAAAGUGUAAAACAAAUUGAUGUGAAUGAAAAAAGCUGAGAAGAAGCACAUGAAGCUAUGGAAACACCUCUAUGCCAGACUCUUUAAUAAGAAUUCAUGGGUGUUGAUGUUUUCUUAAAAUCAACACAACCACACCUGGAUAUAUGUAUAUAUUGAAAAUGUUGUGGGCACCAUCUCACAACCUUUCCUUACUGCAUUUUGCAGUUUAUGUGCAAUAUUUAUUUGGUGUUUUGAAGUUGUCUUUGGUUGUGUUUUCUUAAUUGUGAUAUUGUAUUUGAACUUCAGAUAUGAUUAUCAUAAAGAUAAUAAUAUACUUAGAAAUUAGUGUAGGAAGAAUCUAGAUGUGUUUAUCAUUUCAUUAUGUUAAACCAUUGGCCCAUACUUGUGCUCUGAUUUUGGAUGUGAAGAUUGGCCCGGGCCAGUAUUCAAUAUUGAUCUUAUCCUUUUCCUUAGACAUGCCUUAUUGAUUCCAUUCAGUCUAUUGGUCAGUUAAAUGUACAGGCCAAUCAAAACACUUAAAUUCUAAUCUUAAAUUUAAGUUGGUCAUUGAAUACGGCCAGAGAGGUUAGGAAUCAGAUUAUUUGUGACUUCAUGAAGUCAUAGCACAUGGUACUAUCCCUUUAUGAAGUACAGUGUGUUUUUCUCUCUCCAUUUUAUGAAUGAGGCCGGACUCUUUUUACUUGGUAAAACUGUGUAAUUUUUUAACCUUAAUUGGGAAUUAAUAUUGUCUAGAAUGCGCAAAAAAUACACAGAUCAGAUAAAAGAAUGUUGUAUUAUUUCAGUUCUCCAAUACAAAAAUGGUUCGGAGGUCUUUUUUUAAAUUAAAUUUGAUUUUUUUUUUUAUUCCCCAAAACGUAAAACAAGGAAUUUCAUUUUUACAUUUGAGAAAAAGUUUCAGCAUCGUGGAUGCCUUGAUUGGGCCCUAUAUAGGUCAGAAAAAAAUAAUGUGACCAUUCAGUAUGAGACAAAAAAACAACAACAAUAUCAGCGCACCUGUUGUUCUGUUUGGAUCUUGUUUUAUUGAGAGUUUUACUGUUCAUUAUGUAAUGGAUUUAUCAGUGCUUAAGUAUUGUUUCCAAUGUCUUACUGUAUUUCCUGCUGCUGUGGGCAUGCAUUUAAACUACAGGAUGUUUUCAAGUGUUGAAAAUGUGUUGAAAGUGUUGUUAUUUCAAGAUUUUUUUAUUUAACCCCAUGUUGAAUUAACCAGUAAUUACAAAUAGCAGUUAGAUUAUGUUGAAAAGCCCUGUACUAUUAAAUGGUCUUUUAUGAACUUGAAAUGCUCAGUAUUUGUACAUGAAAUGCUACCGGAGAUAUAUUAAAACAGUUUUAUCAUGUUUAGUACUGUUGUUAUAAAGUAGUGUAUACUGAUUUAAUAGUCAUUAAUUUUCUAACUGUAUAAUAUUUCCAUUGUAAGAUGUCGUUCACUGACUUGUUUUAUAAUACAGAAUUCAGUGAAGCCUUGUUGUAUAUUAUAAGUUUAAUGUGAUAGAUGUUUUAUAUAUAUUUUUGUCUUUUAACUUUUCUGGUUGUAAAUUCUGACUGUUUGCUCUGUAUGAUUGAACUUUUAAAAUAUACAAUUUGAGAACAUGCACUGAAAAUAAUAAACAGUUUUCUGGUGGGGUGGGGGAAGAGGAUAAGGGGUGAAAAUAAAUAUGAGGUAUUGCAAUAGAUUUGGUGUCAUCUUUAUUAUUGUUCAAAAGCUUUAACGUUGGCCAUUACGCCAAAAACCAUUCAAGACGUAGUACACAGACCGCAUCAACAUCAUCAUGUCUAUACCAGUGACACUCUGUACACGUGCAUCAACACCCAUCCCCCGUGCUUCAAGAUCCAUCCCCCGUGCUUCAAGAUCCAUCCCCGUGCAUCAAGACCAAUCCCCUGUGCUUCAAGAUCCAUCCCCCGUGCUUCAAUACCCAUUCCACGUGCAUCAACACCCAUCCCCUGUGCAUCAAGACCCAUUCCAUGUGCAUUGAGACCCAUCCCCAUGCAUCAAGACCCAUCCCAGGUGUAUCAAGACCCAUCCCCCGUUAUGGUCUGAUCAAGACAAAUGAGCGGUGGCAUCCUCUUGCAGUUGUUUAUUCAACUAUUUUAACAAGACAUUCAACAUGAUUUACAGUUGCCACAGUUGCCACACUCCCUUUCAGCAUGGCAGCAGUACCACUUUUCUAGACUUUACAGUCAGCUAUUAAAUACAGUGCAUUUAUCUACUGUUACAUUCAACUUAUAUUGUUAAAAUAAAGUACCAGUAGCUAUUCAAAAUGUAAAAGUCAGCUAUUUAUUACAGUGCAUUUAUCUAUUACAUCUAUGUUAUAUUAUAUUCAACAUAUAUUGUUAAAAUACCUUAAAAUAUUGGUCCAGAUCAUUAAACAGAAGUUAUAGAUAAUUCAACUUUUGUUACAGUACAAGGUAAUCAGCUUCUGUGGUCAGUCUGACUGCAGACAUCAGUUCUAGUACAAUAACUGCCAUUGCAUUUUGAAUAUAACACCUGUGUUUGCCAAUAGAUUCCAUAUCAUACACUCAUGUCCAGCAAACAUGUGUUAUUAAUUGAUUAUAAAAUAUAUCCACUCUAUGAGCCUUGUGGUAUGUCAAACUAUGGUCAUUAAAUACAGAUAAAAAAAGAGAAGUUUGCUUGAGGUAUGUUUGAAUGUAUCUCUGUUUUAUAUAUAAGUUUUAUUUAUUAAUAUAUUCAACUGUCCAAACAAUAAUAUUACAGCGCAGAUCUGUAUAUGGUAUACAUGUAUGUAUUGUAUUCAUGAAUGUAUUCUAUAAAUGCAUGUAAUGUACACAUGUAUAUAUUCUAUACAUGUUGGUAUUCUAUAAGUAUGCAUUAUAUACAUUUGUGUAUUCUUUAAAUGUAUGUAAUGUGCAUAAGUAUAUAUUAUAUACAUGUAUGUAUUAGAGUGUAUGUAUGCAUUCUAAAUGUAUGUAUCCUAUACAUGUAUGUAUUGUAUAUGUUGGUAUUCUAUACAUGCAUGUAUUCUAUACAUGUUUGCGUUGCCAUAAGUAUCUCAUUUCUAGUCAGUUUUGAUGAUAUUUAUAUGUGUGUGAUAUGUCACUAUUUUCUUUAAUGUGUUUUGUUAUGUAUUAUUACAAAUCUUGACAAUAAAGGCUGUUCAACUCUC